CCCAACUUGAUGCAGCCCUCCUGCUUUUCGGGACUGAAGAGGGGAUGGUCACAGCCUGGCCCCCAAUGGGCCCCCUCCUACUGCUGCUCCUCCUCCCUGGAAGGAGUAGUGGCAGCUGCCCUGCCGUGUGCGACUGUACCUCCCAGCCCCGCGCCGUGCUCUGUGCCCACAGGCGACUGGAGGCUGUACCUGGGGGACUUCCACUGGACACAGAGCUCCUGGACCUUAAUGGGAACCGCCUGUGGGGGCUUCAACGGGGGAUGCUCUCCCGCCUGGGCCUGCUCCGAGAACUGGACCUCAGCUAUAACCAACUGUCCACCCUUGAACCUGGGGCCUUCCACGGCCUACAAAGUCUACUCACCCUAAGGCUGCAGGGCAAUCGGCUCCGAAUCCUGGGGCAAGGGGUCUUUGCAGGCCUGUCUGCCCUCACUCUGCUGGACCUCCGCCUCAACCAAAUUGUCCUCUUCCUAGAUGGCGCUUUUGGGGAGCUGGGCAGCCUCCAGCAGUUAGAGGUAGGAGACAACCAUCUGGUGUUUGUGGCCCCGGGGGCCUUUUCAGGGUUGGCCAAGCUGGGCACCCUCACCUUAGAGCGCUGCAACCUCAGCACUGUGCCUGGCCUAGCCCUGGCCCGUCUCCCGGGGCUAUCGGCCCUGCGCCUUCGAGAACUGGAUAUUGGGAGGCUGCCGGCUGGAGCGCUUCGCGGGCUGGGGCAGCUCAAGGAGCUGGAGAUACACCACUGGCCGCCCCUUGAAGAUCUGGAGCCUGGCAGUCUGGUGGGGCUCAACCUCAGUAGCCUGGCCAUCACCCGUUGCAAUCUGAGCUCAGUGCCCUUCCAAGCGCUGUACCACCUGAGCUUCCUCAGGGUCCUGGAUCUGUCUCAGAACCCCAUCUCGGCCAUCCCUGCCCGGAAGCUCAGCCCCCUGGUGAGGCUCCAGGAGCUCCGACUGUCGGGGGCAUGCCUCACCUCCAUCGAGGCCCAUGCCUUCCACGGCUUAACUGCCUUCCAUCUGCUGGAUGUGGAAGAUAAUGACCUUCAGACACUAGAGGAAACAGCCUUCCCUUCUCCAGACAAACUGGUCACACUGAAGCUGUCUGGCAACCCCCUGACCUGUGACUGCCGCCUCCUCUGGCUGCUGCGGCUACGGCACCACCUGGACUUUGGCACAUCCCCCCCUGCUUGUGCCGGUCCCCAGCAUGUCCAGGGGAAGAGUUUGCGGGAGUUUUCAGACAUCCUACCUCCGGGACACUUCACUUGCAAACCAGCCCUGAUCCAAAAAUCUGGACCACGAUGGGUCAUUGCAGAGGAGGGAGGACAAGCCAUUUUCUCCUGCUCUGGAGACGGAGACCCAGUCCCUACUGUCUCCUGGAUGAGGCCUCAGGGGGCUUGGCUGGGAAGGGCUGGGAGAGUAAGGGUCCUAGAGGAUGGGACCCUGGAGAUCCGCUCAGUACAGCUACGGGAUAGAGGGCCUUACGUCUGCAUGGUCAGCAACGUAGCUGGGAAUGACUCCCUGAGGACAUGGCUGGAGGUGAUCCAAGUGGAACCACCAAACGGCACUCUCUCGGACCCCAACAUCACCAUGCCAGGGAUCCCUGAGCCUUUCUUUCUGGAUAGCAGAGGUGUGGUUAUGGUGCUGGCUGUUGGCUUCCUCCCCUUCCUCACCUCAGUGACCCUCUGCUUUGGCCUCAUUGCCCUCUGGAGCAAGGGCAAGGGCCGGGUCAAGCACCACAUGACCUUUGACUUUGUGGCACCCCGGCCCUCUGGAGAUAAGAACUCUGGAGGUAACCGGGUCACUGCCAAGCUCUUCUGACCUGUCCUUCCACAGUGGGGGCCCAGUCAAGCCAGCUUCAGAUACUAAAGGGGAAGGUAGAACCCAGACGACUGCUUGGAUCAGAAUCUAGUCCUGAGCAGCAC